AGCGUGACAGUAACACAAGAGGCCGUGACAGUGACACAAGAGGCCGUGACAGUGACACAAGAGGCCGUGACAGUGACACAAGAGGCCGUGACAGUGACACAAGAGGCCGUGACAGUGACACAAGAGGGCGUGACAGUGACACAAGAGGGCGUGACAGUGACACAAGAGGGCGUGACAGUGACACAAGAGGGCGUGACAGUGACACAAGAGGGCGUGACAGUGACACAAGAGGGCGUGACAGUGACACAAGAGGGCGCGCAGCCAGAGAACGUCGAUCGUGAGAGACGAGGAGACAGGAAAAGCAGAGGAAGGGAAGAGGGAUGGCAGCGGCAGACCAAAAAAGGGAGCCACAGCGGAAGGCAGCGGGAUAAAGAAGAUUCUAUUUAUUUUAUAGCAAUCCAUGAAGAGUUUCGAGCUUUUCUAGAAACCUUUGAAGCUUUCAGCUUGAAUAGAAGAGAAAUUAGCUCUGUCUACCACAGUAGAAGAUCCUUUGAACAGUUUCAGCUGUGUGACAGUAAACAGCAAGAGAGUCAUACCGGUGACACAGUAGACAGCAGGAGCCCCAUGGUCAUUCCGGUGCGACAACAGCAGGAGAGUCAUUCCGGUGACAGUAGACAGCAGGAGAGUCAUUCCGGUGACAGUAGACAGCAGGAGAGUCAUUCCGGUGACAGUAGACAGCAGGAGAGUCAUUCCGGUGACAGUAGACAGCAGGAGAGUCAUUCCGGUGACAGUAAACAGCAGGAGAGUCAUUCCGGUGACAGUAGACAGGAGAGUCAUUCCGGUGACAGUAGACAGCAGGAGAGUCAUUCCGGGGACAGUAGACAGCAGGAGAGUCAUUCCGGUGACAGUAGACAGCAGGAGAGUCAUUCCGGUGACAGUAGACAGCAGGAGAGUCAUUCCGGUGACAGUAGACAGCAGGAGAGUCAUUCCGGUGACAGUAGACAACAGGAGAUUCGUUCUAGUGACAGAAGACAGCUCUUCUACGACCUAUUGUUGUGA